AUGCAGCGCAGCUGGCGGCGAUUCCGACAGCGCAGCAGCGACUCAGAUGCAGAAAAGGCUUGGGAGUGCCCUAUGUGCACAUUCCUAAACGAAAAUACCAGCGCUUCUAGAUGCGAACUUUGCGAGAGUGUGCGCCCCGGACUACCGAGAAAGACGCGGAAGUUGUCGCAUGAUGAUGGUGCAAGUGGCUUGUGGGCGGAUUUGUACGCCCCGGAAACUGUAGAUGACCUGUGUGUGAACAAGACGAAGGUGCAGGAGAUCUCGGAGUGGCUGGAACGGAAUGCGUCGCCGAUCUCGGGUGUGUUCCAGAAGCGGCUGCUGAUUUUGUGCGGUCCGCCAGGAUCAGGCAAGUCAACGGCUGUACGCUGUAUCGCUCCCAAGCUUGGCCUUCUUAUCAAGGAGUGGGAAGACAACUCGGCUGCUGGAAAACUCAAUUAUGAACGCAUGCUUCGGGAAGAUUUUUGGACUCCGCAGGUAUCUAGCGUUGACGAUUUUUCGGAUUUUAUUCAUCGCUCCUCAGCCUACGGUGCACUUCCGGUUGCUACGUCCCGGCACACAUCUACUAUUGGUCGCAAGCGCCGGCUGUCUAACACUCAGCAAGUUUAUGGCAAUUUUCAGACGCCAUCAGUUAGUGCAGGGCAGGUUAUUUUGAUCGAGAGCUGGCCACAGUCCUGGUCGAAAGACAAGUCACUUUACGAGGAGAAACUUCAACGAGUCUAUCAGCAUGUGGUUGACCCGGCUGGUGGCUGCCGCUACCCUGUAGUUUGUAUCUACAGUGACGUUCAAGGUAGUAAGAUUGACUUGCAUCAUUUGAGCCGCAAGUUUUCUCGCGAAGUGAUUCAUUCGCCGCUGACUUCAGUCAUUAAUAUCAACGCGGUGACGUCUGCGCAGCUCAAGAAACAUCUAUCUCGUGCUGCUACACAAGAGAGCUGUCCUUGUCAGCCUGCGGAUAUCCAGAAUAUCAUCGACAGCAGCAAUGGAGACAUGCGGCAUGCGUUGAAUAUGCUGCAAUUACUGCAGAAUCCCAACGUGAAGAAGCACAGAAUUUCAGAAACAUCGUCGGCGACGAGCUCUAGCGCCCGUGACCCUUUUCUUUCGGAUUUUCACGUUGUUGGAAAACUACUGCACGGUAAAAUGCUGCAAAACAAAUCUGCGGACGAGAGCGCGCUGAAAAAUGAUGUCGACUACGACCAGAUUUUGAAUGCAUCUGCGAUGCCACUUGACCGAAUCCUUGGACUCGUUCACGAGAACAGCAUUGCGUAUUUUUCGCAAGUGGAAGAUCUAUCUGGUGCUCUCGAGCUAAUGAGCUUGUGUGAAGUGAUGGUUGCUGAAUCGUACAGUGGUGCUAGCAGCUCGGAGGCCGUCAAGCGCUCUCGGGAUGUAGCUCAAGCCAUUCUUACGCGAACUAUUGCAGUGACGAACGAGAAUCCCGCUCCGAAGGCAUUUCGACCGAUCACGCGGCCUCGAACAUACACAACAAAUCAACGUAUUGUAUCCCGCCGUGACGAAAUGUUAGUUGCUACUCGAGGAGGCGAGCAUGGGCUCCAACAUGCGUGCACGGGUGACGUAUUCGCUUUCGAAGUGGAACCCUUCUUGACAAUCAUGGAUCGAGUCGGUGGGCCUGCUAUUCGGCAAAAUACGAGCACCUUCGCGAUGGAUACACUCUCACUCAAAGAGGAGGUGGACGAUGAAAUCGAGAACAGUGAUGACGAGUGGUAA